AUGCCCAACCGUCUUCUCGACCCCACGGACAACCCGGAUCUCACGGCCGAACGAAAGAAUUGCCAAUUUGACACCGACGCCUUGGCCGCUCGAUUUUAUGGCGGCGCCGAGAAAAUUCGUCGACGUCGAGAGAUUUUCAAGGCAGUCGAGAGCAUCCCCGAACUUCGAGAUGCUGUUCAGGACACCUCGUUUAUGGAUCGAAUGCAAAAAUUGGAGAAUGGGACCAGAAACGCGAUAAAUGUGGCCAAAUACGCGGAAGAGAUUAUUUCAAGUCCUUUGGCACAAGAGGAGGCCGCUUAUUUGAAUUCGUAGGUUGGUUUGGAGUUGUGAAAUACGCAGUGUGUUUUUUGACAAAAUUUGAAAAAAAGUCAUCAUUUUUUUAAUUUCCCGAAAAUUGAUCAUUAUGACAUGUUAAGUUUUUUUUAAAAACGCUCUCUUUGUCCCAGGACUGCUAAAACAUUCUUAAUUGCAGCCUAGUUGUGGGCAGAGAUGGAUUUCCCUUCAUUAUUCACUAUGUUAUGGUCAUCCCAAUGUUGAUGAACAAUGCCGACGAAGAGCAGAUGGAUUGGUGGUUUUCGAAGGCCUUCAAUCGCGAGUUUAUUAGCACCUACGCGCAGACAGAGCUCGGUCAUGGGACUAAUCUCAAGAAACUGGAAACAACCGCGGUUUACGAUGAGAAAACAGAAGAAUUUGUUCUGAACACACCUACAAUAACGGCCACAAAAUGGUGGCCAGGUGAGAAAAUUUUUUAUUUUUUUGUGAUUAUAGAUUAUUUGAUAGUGUCUUGAAUGUACGUUUUUUUAUUUUUCUCAUAAAAAAGUGCAAAAUUAUCGAAAAAAGCUAUAAAAUUUCAAAAAAUUAUAUCAUUCAUGGGAAAAUUCCAGGAAACCUCGGAAAAUCGACCAACAUGGUGAUGGUUAUGGCCUUAUUAUACACCAAGGGGAAGUGUCAUGGAGCUCACGCCUUUAUGAUGCAAAUUCGAGACUUUGAAACGCAUAAAUUAUUGCCGGGAAUCGAAGGUAAGUUAACAUACUUUACCUGUUGAAACCUCAAAUAUCCGAAUUAUGACGUUUCUGAUUUUUAGUGGGCGAUAUCGGACCCAAAUAUGGUAUGAACGCGAAUGACAAUGGAUUCAUGCGUCUGAAUAACGUCCGAAUUCCGCGACGAAACAUGUUGAUGAAGAACGCGAGAGUGGAGAAAGACGGGACUUAUGUUGCUCCAAAGCAUUCGAAAUUAGCGUACACUGGGAUGAUGUUUGUUCGUGCGGUCAUGAUUAGAGACCAAGCUCUGCAAUUGGCUUCGGCUGCAACUAUUUCUACAAGGUACUCUUGUGUCAGACGUCAAGGAGAAAUGAUUGAAGGGUAAGAGUAGUAAACAACGUGGAAUGACGUUUGUAGGUCUUAAAAAAUAUUUUCUUCUCAUCUGCCAUUUUUCUUACACAUUUUCGCCUCUCCUAAGACGUAUAGAAAAUUUUCCAAUAAAUUUGUGACACUUCGUCAAAAUCAAUAACGAAGUGUCAACACCCUUUUAUACUGAUUUUUAAGAUUUAACAUACUAACUACGGCAAUUUUAGCGACGGAGAAGUCAAAGUUCUCGACUACAAGACUCAGCAAUACCGCGUUUUACCCCAUAUCGCAAGAUCUAUCUGUUUCCUAUUUGCGGGUGAUUAUUCAAUGAGAUUGUACGAAAGACUGGUUGAUGACCUCAGCAAAGGUGAUACAAGUCUUAUGGCUGAUCUACACGCUCUUGGCUCCGGGCUAAAAGCUGUUGUCUCGUUCCAAACAUCUCAAGGAAUCGAGCAGUGUCGAUUGGCCUGCGGUGGACAUGGUUAUAGUGAAGCUGGCGGAUUCCUAAGGCUUUAUGGUAUCGCUACGGGUGGGUGCACCUACGAAGGAGAGAACAUGGUCAUGUUGUUGCAAUUGGCAAGGUAAAAGAAGCUCAUUUUUUGUGGUUAACAUCAAGAAUUAUGCUAAUCUAUAGGCAAAAAUUGAUGACUUUUCGAAAAAAAUCCUUUUUCCAGGUAUAUUAUGAAGUUGAUUCCGCGAAUCAGAGCCAACGAUCUCUCAUACAAGCCAUCGCCGUUGACCGCGUACUAUUUCCAAGGGCAAUACAAGCCGAAAUUUUCCGAAUAUAGCCCGGAAAAUCCGCGGGAAAUCAACUGGAGAUGCAUUCAAGACGGGUUUGAGUACGCCUCUCGACAACUGGCCUUUUAUGCACAUGUAAAAUACGAAAAAUUGGUAAACGGUGGAAUGAAACCCGAGCUCGCAUGGAAUGAAGUGGCUGUGGAUUUGGUGAAAGUGAGUUGUAUGCGAUUUUACGAGUUUAUGACAUCGUUUUAGGCCUCAAAAUCGCACACUCGGACAUUUUUGGCCAGAAAUUUCAUUGACAGAGUGAGAGAAGAACGAGAUCCUGGUAUAAAGAAUGUAUUAGGCGAUAUUCUUCAUCUUUAUUUGCUCUAUGAAGUGUUGGAUUGUCGAGCGGAUUUGCUAGAGGCAAGUGGGAAAUAUUAUAAAAAAUUGACGAAAUAUCACAAAAAUUAUAGGAAAAUUUUAAAAUCAUAUCUAUGGCGACAAAAGGUCCAAGAAAAAUUCUCAAGGCUAUAAUAAUGUCAUAAAUGACAAAAACACAUUCUAGACGGGCUACAUGACCCACAGCCAGCUACAUUCCAUCCGCGAAGACCUCAGCCAAACCUUGACCAAGAUCAGAGCGAACGCCGUAAAUAUUGUGGACUCAUUCGAUAUCAGCGACCGAGAAUUGGUGUCGGUUCUGGGCCGAAAAGACGGUCAUGUCUACGAAAACUUGUACAAAUGGGCUCAAAACAGCAGCUUAAAUCAACAUGAGGUCCUGCCAUUCCAUCAUGAGACUCUGGGAAAAAUGAUGAAAGACGCCAGAGAAAAAAGCAAAUUGUAA